UUUCCCUUUUCAUUCAUUUUUCUACUUUCUGUCUUUGCUAUUUGUGUUUGCUUCCCUAGAAAAAUAAAAAAGGAAGUGAAAAUAAAAUAUGAUAGAAGACGGAUUUGAUUCUCAACAGCUGUCACUCUAACCUCAAAAUCUGUAGCUCUCCAGUUUUCCUUUUUUCCCCUCUUCAAUUUCCAGGGAAUCAAAGGGACAAAUUUUCCCCCAAAAAAAUCAAAUUGAUUUUCGUUUUAAGUGGCGGUAAAUUUUGAUGGGAAAUUGGUGGUAAAUAUAAAAUGUGAAUUUUUGUUGAAACAAUAGAGAUGAGCAAAGAACGCCCGCCUGAGCCUCUGGAUUUUUUCAUUUGGACUUUUGAGGAUGUUGGUAUGUGGUUGGAAGAAAUAAAUCUUGGUGGCUAUCGCCAGAUUUUUAAGGAAAAUGGUGUCAAUGGGGAAUACCUGGAAGGAAUGUCUAUGUUUACAACUGAACAGAUUCUUCGGUUUAUAAGGCGAUGCCAUAUGAAGUGGGGAGACUUCAUCACACUAUGCAAGGAACUGAGGCGAAUAAAAGUGGCUUGCCUUAAAGGAGAGCAAAAAGUCCGCAGGCCGUGGUGGGCUCCGCCUUGCCUUUCAGUAGUCUUUGUCAAGGUGGCAAAGAGCAAUCGACAGUCACGCGUCGUUUCCUUGAAGCUGGAACCAUGAUGAAGAAUAUGCCUUUUACGGACACAUGUCGUGUUUCUCCUUGUCCAGGGGG